UAUUAAUCUGAUGACCAGAACUAAACCGAACUGUUCUGUAACCUUCUUCUCGACCGGGUUGAAGUUCAUCGAAGAUGUUUCACCGUCUUGGCCCUUGAGGGGGAGUUUCUGAUCAUGGUCUAGUCUAAGCCACUUCGGUCAGCUAAGGCCCGCAUGAACGAGGGCCGAGGGGUAGACUAUUAUUGUUUCUAGCUUCUGCUUCAGCUCAAGAGUGCCAAUCAUGGCGCAGUUUCUGCUACAAGCUCUGCUCGCAUUGACCUUCUGGAUCGGAUCAGGCUCGUCUACCCGAUACAAUGCCGGCGACCAUGUCCCUUUGUUCGUCAACAAAGUGGGCCCUCUCCACAAUCCAAGUGAGACCUAUCAAUACUAUGAUUUGCCCUUCUGUCGUCCAGAGCCUGUGAUUGAGAAACAGGAAACUCUUGGGGAAGUUCUCAAUGGUGACCGAUUCAUGAGCUCUUUAUAUGACCUGAAAUUUAAGGAGGACAAAACUGAUUCCGUAUUGUGCCACAAGAGAUUAACCUCCAGUGAGGUCGCCAGGUUCAGAGACACUAUUGCUCAAGAUUUCUACUUUCAAAUGUAUUACGACGAUCUCCCCUUGUGGGGGUUUGUUGGGAAAGUAGAGAGAGAUUAUUCUGUUCAUGGUGGGGAGGAGAAUGCUAAGUAUUAUUUAUUCAGUCACUUGAGCUUUAAUGUUCUCUACAACGCAGACGAAGUUAUUGGAAUCCAAAGUCUUAGCGUUCCGAGUUACCUGAUUGACAUAUCAGAGAACGCUGAGGUUGAUGUUCAGUUCACAUACUCGAUUUCUUGGAAUUUAAGUUCAGAACGGUCUGAGACGAGAAUGGAUAAGUACUCUCAGGCGUCGUUUCAUCCUAUCAGCAAGAAGAUUCAGUAUUUCUCGUUUCUUAACUCGAUAAGCGUUGUUGUUUUGGUUGUUGGACUUCUUUCUCUGCUCUUCAUGCGCCAUCUCAAGAAUGAACUGAGAAGUAGCUCAAACGGAGAUGAAGAAGAAAAAAGGGAAGUGGGUUGGAAACUAAUACAAAGUGAUGUGUUUAGAUGUCCUCGCAACAUCUCCUUGCUCUGUGCCUUCUUAGGAACUGGUGCUCAAAUGCUAAUCUUGAUCAUUGCUCUAUUUGCAUUGGCCUUCACCGGUUUUCUAUACCCAUACAACCGCGGAACGUUGCUCACUUCUCUUGUCAUCGUGUACACUCUAACAUCAGUAGUGGCUGGUUACACAUCUGCUUCUUUCCAUAGCCAUUUCGAGGGAACCAAACAGAGAAGGAGUGUUCGUCUCGCGGGGAUCCUCUACACGGUUCCUUUCUUCAUAACAGUUUCAGUCCUCAACACUGUGGCAAUAACAUACGGAGCAACUGCUGCACUCCCUUUUGGCACAAUAGUCAUCAUCAUACUCAUCUACACUCUUUUGAAUAUCCCAUUUCUCAUGUUGGGAGGAGUUUUAGGUAACCGUUUCGGAUUAUCAGAGUUCCAACCUCCUUCCGCUAUUAAAAGAAACCCCAGAGAGAUUCCAACACAGAACUGGUAUCGGAGAAAGCUGUACCAGAUGUUUCUUGGCGGCCUUGUACCUUUCAGUGCAGUUGCCCUUGAGUGGCACCAACUCUACGCAACCUUGUGGGGAUUCAAAAUAUACACCUCCCCUGGGAUAAUGCUUUUCUCGUUCAUUGUGCUCAUCUUGUUGAGUGCGAGUGUUGGUGUUAUCUUGACUUACAUUCAGCUAUCCGGUGAGGAUCAUGAGUGGUGGUGGAGAUCGUUCUUGUGCGGAGGAUUCGCGGCGAUGUUCAUGUAUGGAUAUGGAGUAUUGUUCUAUCUGAGGUCUGACAUGACUGGCUUUCUGCAGUUAAGCUUCUACUUGGGAUACACUGCUUUGUUCUGUUAUGCUCUCUUCUUGGUUCUUGGAACCAUAAGUUUCUUGGCUUCUUGGAUGUUUAUUCGCCACAUCUACCGUUCUGUCAAGCUCGAAUAACAGCCAAGAACCAAGGGGCAAGAGGUCCUGUUCUCUUCGCCAAGUUACUCAUCUUUGUAUUUGUUUAGAUUAUCUGAUAAACUAAGUUAGCAACUGUAUCUUUUUUGAUAUGACCACAUGUUUCUACUAAGGAAUGAAAGUGAUGUUUCUUGCUUUA